AUGUCGUUGCAAUCCCAAGAUAUGAAUGUGCUACUGCACGCAAUGCGUGUGCAGAUAGCUGAAUUAACCUCGCAGCUCGCCGAGAUACAGGCCAACCCCCCUGUAGCAACCCCCUCGGUAGAGAAAAAGUUUAAUAAGAAAGUCGAAGUCGUCGCUGACCCUGGCGCCUUCGAAGGAGACAGAGCGCGAUUUGCCGAAUGGUGGAUCAAGCUCCAGAUUUGGGUCAAGGCGAACUGGGACGCUUUCGCCGACGACUUUGAGGUAGCCACUGCGGUGCUAUCUCGCCUAAAAGGACCUGUGGCGGGUCGAUACGCCCAAGUAAGACUCCAGGAAUGCUACACCGCGGGUGUGUGGCCCACCUGGGACGAUCUCAAAACAGAGAUCGAAAAAUAUUUCAAACCGCAAGCUGAGCGAAACAUGAGGACGGAUGAUUUCGUAACCCGGUUCCUGGCCCUCUCAAUCCAAGGGGGUCUUGGCAAUGAACACGCAGUGGAACUGCUAGAACGCAAUGUGAACCCUCGCAUUGCCGAACAGAUCUAUCUGCAGGAUACAUGA